AAGGGGACGGGAGGGGGUGGGGGAAGAGAAUCACACGCGCUGCGCCUGCGUACUGUGAUCGUCCCGCCUACAGUCCCCCAGUAGAAUGGGCCAGAGCAGAGAUGGGGCUCAUAUGCGUGCGCACUCUUGUUUUCUAGCCUGUCUUCCCAGCUUCAGGAAUCUGGAGGCUUCUGUGGCAGGACCGAGCCGGAGCCGGCUGAGUCCACUUUAGGAACCAAAUCUGGGCCUCCCUACACAGUCAACCAGAAACAGCGAUCCCAUGAUGCAGCGCGCUCCUCAGGGAGUCUUCUGCGGGCAUUCUGGGAAAUGUAGUCUAUCGUCCCACGCACCCCCUUUGUUUCUAUCCAGGCUGCCCGGGAAUGUGGGUCUCAAUUCUUUCCCUAUAACUUUUGAUGUAGUGUCCCCAUUGGCCAAGUCUAUUUUUUAAAACAGUAAAAUGCGGACUCUUAGUUCCGAGACCCAGGGUUCCAACUCUAGGCGCAGGGGCAGGGGCGGCUUUUCGUCUCUCCUCUUCGGCUCUCUCCUGGGAGACUAGUCCUGGCUCUCGGAGAAGACAGCCUGUAAGGGCCGGAAACUGCCUUCAAUAUGACGGCCGAAGAAGGAAGGAAGCAAUCCGUUCGGGUUCUGGUGGCAGUUGGAAAUGGAAAAGGAGCUGCGGGUUUUGCCGUGGGAAAAGCCCCUGACCGGGUCAAUGCGCUCAGAAAGGCAAAGAAUAGAGCGAUUUAUUAUUUGCAUUACAUAGAUGGAUAUGAAGACCAAACAACUUUCCACGCUAUUUCUUUAACAUUUAAGAAAGCACGUAUCAAGAUGAAGCAGCAGCCCAGAGGUCAAGGUCUCUGUCCUCAUCAAGCCAUUAUUACAAUUUGCAAAUUAAUUGGAAUUAAAGAUAUGCAUGCAAAGGUUACUGGAUUAUGUAAUUUAAUUAAUAUAACCAGAGGAAUCUUUAAUGGAUUGUCAAAACGGGAAACUCAUCAGCAGUUGGUGGAUAAGAAAAGCCUUCAUGAGUCCCUACCCAUAGUGGUUGCCUCUCCUCAAGGAGCAAUUAGAAAAGAGCCUGAGCCGGAAGAUGAGGCUGCAGAUACCAAAGCAGACUGGGAUGAAGUUAGGAUGAGUCAUGGAAUGAAAAAAUCAGUUUGGGUGAACUUGAAGUGAGCGGCAUUGUGAGUGUUCAUUCACUGCUUGGAGCUGAAUUGAGGUCCAAAAGGGGCAAACAGAAAAGACUCAACUAUACCGGGCCCUCAGAUUGACUUUCCAGAAAAAAGAAAAGUCCCAGGUGGGGUCAGUGCAGCUCUCGCUGGAUUGAAUGCAGCUCUUUGCUUUUACUGUAUCUGGACUUCUCAGCAUAUUGUCCAAUUUGCUUAUGUUAGGGUCCAGGUUUUCCCCCACCACCACCAAGGAAGACCAGUAGACAAUGCAAUUAAGCAAAAGGGUCGUUUAUUGAUCUGGUGCGCACCAGGGGAGCUCAACAUGGAAGUUCCAAUUGUAGCUCGUGGAUGCUGACUUAUAUACCCACCAGCAUGUAUGGCCCCCAAGUCCUUAUCUGGUCCACACUACUGGCAAGCCGGGUUUUUAAAUUCUGGGUAUUCUCAUACAUGCUCCAGUCAGAAGCUCCCUUUUUACGGAAUGUGAGACUCAUCAGUUCAGUGUAACAUUAUGUAUCCAAAUAAACCUGAUUCUGAUUUUUAUAAAA